CAAUUUUUCACUUUCAAUUGAACUGCAACACUCUUACAUUCCCUUCAAACACACACAAGCAAUCAAUUACACGUCAACAACAACCACGAGACACGCGUUUCAUUCAAUUUCCAAUCUAAAUUUAUCGUCCCGCCCACCAUUGUUUAUCUUCGAGAUUUCAGAUUGAUAAGCUCGAAACUUUUCAACAAACUAUACAACAACAACAACAUAUAAACAACAUAUAAACAACAUAUAAACAACGCGUCAUAUUAAAAUGUCUUUGAAGUCAACAACAUCGCCAGAUUCCUUGGCUCCAACUUCACCAUUUUCAAACUAUUCAAACUUGUCAACUUCAUCCAUUUCAAACCAUUCAACCAAUGUUUCUCCAAAUUUCACAACAACAACCCAUAAGGAGAAGAAAUCAGCACAAAAGCAUCAAACCCAAUUGUCAACCUCAAGUCCUGCCGGUAUUGCAGUUGCUAGUAAGGUUACCCCUGAAAGAUUGGCUCAUUUGUUACUUGAAACAGGUCCAUUGGCUAUUAGACAUAUUACCUCCAACUUAGCUAAGCAAAUCCAAGGUUUUGAAAAAUUAUCUCUUUCAAAGCAAAGAAGACUAAUCAUGAGCUCAUUGGAUCAAGGUUUUGAAGAGGAAUCUAUAAUAUUUGAGAAAAUUGGUUGGGGUCAAUGGUCUGCUAAACAUGUUGAACCUGAUAAUUUCAUUAAGGAAAGAAACGCGAUUAGAAUCGCUAAUGCAAAAGUUAAAGAUGGUGAACACAAUAAUGCUACAGCAAGAAGAGAGUCAAUAACGAAAAACAAGUAUGAAAUUGAUCAUCAUGAUAAGUUUUUGAAAAAACAUGGCUCAAACUCCACUCUUACUUCAAAAACUGCUGGGAAAAGUACAAAUUCAAUGAUGAUGGAUGAUGAUUAUGCAAUUGCCUCAGAUGAUGAUGAAGAAGAAGAAGAAGAUUUGGCUAAUGGCGCUAGUUCAACUAGUGAUUUUUAUGAUGAUGAUGAUGAAGCUGAGAAUGGUGUUUUCAAAUUUGAUGAUGAAGAACAAAUCCCACCUUUGAAAUUAAAUUCAAGACUAGUUUCACCACCAUACCAAACAAGAAGUUCGAGAUCAAGUUUCUCAAGAGGUAUUUCCAAACCAAAGUUCAAAUCUGUUAGAUCUAAUUCUCAAACUCCAACUUCUCCAGAGCUGUUGUAUUAUCAAAAAAUUGAAAAAUCUAAGAAUUCAACAGCAAUCAACAGAAGACACAGCUCUAUAAGAUCCACAUUAAACAAUGAUCAAAAUGAUGAAUCUGAUACAGAUGAAGAAGAUUGGCAAAGUAUAGGAGCCUUAAAAUUACGUAAAAAUAGUGUGGCACCUCCAGAAAUUUCAAUACCUGAACAUUUGCAAAAAGAUGAACAAGAUGCAGCAUUUGCCUUGGUCAAUUUAAGAUCCCUAUGA